AUGUUGGUCCCAACGAGGACAAACCCGGGGGCAAGCGCACGGGUGGCAGCGGUGGCCCGAACCAGGUGGGCGAAGGGCCACAAAGCCCAUCCCACCCAGAAGACGAGGAGGGCAGCGAAGGAGGAGGCGCCACAAACGACGCCAAGAACGUCGCCAAGCCAGACAGCCCGCGAUCGGACGAGGAGACAACUGAGGACGCCACCGGCGGACAGCCGGCCCCGGCCCCGUCGGGGAAGCGAAGGGACGACGGCAAGAAGGAGAAGCCGCUGCACGAUCCGAAGAAAGUGUCCCCGGAAGAGGGGGCUUCGGAUGCUGUUACGGUGGCGCCAGAUCCUAACGCGUCAGCGGUCGAUAGCGGUGGCGAUGAUGACGACGACAACAGGAAGGGCCCGCGGCCGCUGGGGUCGGAGGAGGUGACCGACGCCGCGGGGGCGGACGGGAUCGGCCACCUGGAGCCGACUGAGGGGUCUGACCUUGCAAGGACAGACGGAGACGAUAAAGACCAAAGCACCAGCGCGACCGCGGAAAGCCUUGUGGCGCCGGAUGGGUCCAGCGACCGCCUGGACGACAACGACGGCCUGAAGGUGCCAGGGGAAGACGCUGAGGACGCCACCGGCGGGCAGCACGCCCCGGCCCCGUCGGGGAAGCGAAGGGACGAUGGCAAGAAGGAGAAGCCGCUGCACGAUCCGAAGAAAGUGUCCCCGGAAGAGGGGGCUUCGGAUGCUGUUACGGUGGCGCCAGAUCCUAACGCGUCAGCGGUCGAUGGCGAUGGUGAUGAUGACGACGACAACAGGAAGGGCCCGCGGCCGCUGGGGUCGGAGGAGGUGACCGACGCCGCGGGGGCGGACGGGAUCGGCCACCUGGAGCCGACUGAGGGGUCUGACCUUGCAAGGACAGACGGAGACGAUAAAGACCAAAGCACCAGCGCGACCGCGGAAAGCCUUGUGGCGCCGGAUGGGUCCAGCGACCGCCUGGACGACAACGACGGCCUGAAGGUGCCAGGGGAAGACGCUGAGGACGCCACCGGCGGGCAGCACGCCCCGGCCCCGUCGGGGAAGCGAAGGGACGAUGGCAAGAAGGAGAAGCCGCUGCACGAUCCGAAGAAAGUGUCCCCGGAAGAGGGGGCUUCGGAUGCUGUUACGGUGGCGCCAGAUCCUAACGCGUCAGCGGUCGAUGGCGAUGGUGAUGAUGACGACGACAACAGGAAGGGCCCGCGGCCGCUGGGGUCGGAGGAGGUGACCGACGCCGCGGGGGCGGACGGGAUCGGCCACCUGGAGCCGACUGAGGGGUCUGACCUUGCAAGGACAGACGGAGACGAUAAAGACCAAAGCACCAGCGCGACCGCGGAAAGCCUUGUGGCGCCGGAUGGGUCCAGCGACCGCCUGGACGACAACGACGGCCUGAAGGUGCCAGGGGAAGACGCUGAGGACGCCACCGGCGGGCAGCACGCCCCGGCCCCGUCGGGGAAGCGAAGGGACGAUGGCAAGAAGGAGAAGCCGCUGCACGAUCCGAAGAAAGUGUCCCCGGAAGAGGGGGCUUCGGAUGCUGUUACGGUGGCGCCAGAUCCUAACGCGUCAGCGGUCGAUGGCGAUGGUGAUGAUGACGACGACAACAGGAAGGGCCCGCGGCCGCUGGGGUCGGAGGAGGUGACCGACGCCGCGGGGGCGGACGGGAUCGGCCACCUGGAGCCGACUGAGGGGUCUGACCUUGCAAGGACAGACGGAGACGAUAAAGACCAAAGCACCAGCGCGACCGCGGAAAGCCUUGUGGCGCCGGAUGGGUCCAGCGACCGCCUGGACGACAACGACGGCCUGAAGGUGCCAGGGGAAGACGCUGAGGACGCCACCGGCGGGCAGCACGCCCCGGCCCCGUCGGGGAAGCGAAGGGACGAUGGCAAGAAGGAGAAGCCGCUGCACGAUCCGAAGAAAGUGUCCCCGGAAGAGGGGGCUUCGGAUGCUGUUACGGUGGCGCCAGAUCCUAACGCGUCAGCGGUCGAUGGCGAUGGUGAUGAUGACGACGACAACAGGAAGGGCCCGCGGCCGCUGGGGUCGGAGGAGGUGACCGACGCCGCGGGGGCGGACGGGAUCGGCCACCUGGAGCCGACUGAGGGGUCUGACCUUGCAAGGACAGACGGAGACGAUAAAGACCAAAGCACCAGCGCGACCGCGGAAAGCCUUGCGGCGCCGGAUGAGUCCAGCGACCGCCUGGACGACAACGACGGCCUGAAGGUGCCAGGGGAAGACGCUGAGGACGCCACCGGCGGGCAGCACGCCCCGGCCCCGUCGGGGAAGCGAAGGGACGAUGGCAAGAAGGAGAAGCCGCUGCACGAUCCGAAGAAAGUGUCCCCGGAAGAGGUGGCUUCGGAUGCUGUUACGGUGGCGCCAGAUCCUAACGCGUCAGCGGUCGAUGACGGUGAGGAAGAUGACAGCUUCGAAGAUUUCGACGGCAGGGAAAGUGCAGGUGGUAACCAACCUGAGCAGCCAGGCGCAGCCGAUGGCACCUCAGAUGGGAUACCCGCUGCUGAUGGACUCAUCAAGGACGGGGCCGACCAUGAUAAUGGAAAGAAGCCUCAUCGCAAGUCACAUCCCGGCCACGGACACGGGAAUCGGAAUGACGAGUCGCUAUGCGGGAUCGAGUGUAUGCUGCGGUAGACAUAUACGGGCCUCUGCGUGGGGCGUUGGGAUGUGACAGGGAUUUGUCCAAGUAUGAAGAAAGAAAAAGAGGCUGGGGCAGCUACCUACCACUAGAUGCCGUUAGGGCAGUGGUAGACAUUUUGCGGAGGAGGUUCCUGCCGCGCAUCAUUUCGUAUUUCGACCUACUAAAGAGAAGCGUUUCUAUUUCGGUAAGGAUUAGUUAUUAAAUGUUCUGGCAUUAUACGAAACGAGGAGACAAGCACAAUUCUAGUACGCAGUCCUCGUUUUCCGGUCGACCUGUGAUCCGCGCUCGCCGUGAGAAUGGGCAGAGGGCAAAUGAUUAGCUAAUGUCGUUCUCAACACACUUGUCAGCCUGAUUGAAGGAAGUAGGCUCCUAGAUGUGGCGUAAGAAGGUCGGGAACGUUGCUGGUGCGUGAGUAUGGUAUCGUCCUAUGCUUUUAUUUCUCAAAUUGUUAUUAUCUGUGUCAUCGAGAAUAUCUGCAUGCUUAAUUCAGAACCUUAAAAAGGAAAAGAAGCCGACUUUCCAAAGUGAACGGGUAGACCAGUUAGAGAACAAGCAACAAAACGCAAAGGGGUACUAAUUAGCAUCAUUAGACAAUCAGAAAUUGUAGUGAAUAUGUUCAGCGUGGUUGCAUCAGAAAAAGUGACACUUACAAGGCAAGAACGUGAGCAGACAAACAGAAUGCGAACUCAGGUAAAGAAUUAACACAUGUCAAAUACAAAACGUCAGCGCAGCAGAAAAAAUGAGACAUUUUUCGAAAUUCGUUAAGCUUCAUUCCGCAGAUUAAAGGCACCAAUAAUACAAAUCAGAUAUUACAAAAAAGGAACAAUGAGCAAAAUCAGGCAAGAAGGAGACCUGAAUCAUUAUAUAUUUAUAAGCAUGGAACAUACAACAACAAGAGGAAGCAAGACUAGACAAAAGCGAUAGCAGAAACUUGCAGUCUUAAUAUCUAUCAAGUCAACAUCUUCAUCACACUUAUCAUUUAUCAAUCUCGUACUUCGGCUUACAUACAACUACAUCGUUAUCGCAAUCAAUCAUUCUCAAGGAACCAAAGAGCAACUCCGUAUUUCUCUGACUGAAUUAUCGCAAACCUAUUCAAAGAUGUUGAUAUGCAUUAAAUUGUAAUCGACGCAAAGAAGGUGCUGUGGUAUUGACAUAUAAAGUGCAAGUGUUGAUACCAUUAUACAAACUCAGUUCCUACUAGUGGAUCGAGUCAAGAAUUGCUUCACGAUGUUGCGGGAUAUAAAAUCAAAGUGAAAAAUCAAAAAUUGAGUAUUUAUCCGUGUAAAGGAAAAACUCAUACAGAGUCAAAAGAUUUGACUUUCAUUGUAUAAAAAAUGAUUGGUGCAUUGUAUUUGUUGAAUGAUUACACACUUCGCU